AAUCUCCAUAGAUAAAGGUUUGUCUUAUAAUUGGUGAGUGGAAGAGUGGGACCGACAUGUUCAUAGCUUUUUCAAAUUUGGUCAAAGCUUGCGACGACGAUUUGAAGAUGCAUCCAUCCCACGUAUCCCCACCACCACCUCCAUAUAACUAACUAACUCAACUCCCUCCGUUACACUGACACACUCUCUCUCUCUCUGUAAUCACUACCAUUCUCCGAUGAAAUCACCUCAGCGCAGCUCUGAUGAUAUGGAAGCCGGCGGCGAUGUUCCCAAGUCCCGGAACCACUCUCGCCGCCGCGGCAGAGGUAUUUUUGUUGCGGUUGAUGCUUCUAUACGUUUUAAGUCUGCUAUGGGUUGCGAAAAGGAAAUUGAGCUCGGAUCUCAUGAUCAACCUACUGCAACGGAUGUUGCACUAUCUCAGUCAGAGGAACAACCAGUACAAGUUGAAAUUGAACUCCCAGCCUCGUAUCAAGAUGAAUUUGGUAUCAGAUUGGAGGAACUUGUUUCUAUAUCCCGAGAUGGUGGUCUAAGUGUUCUAAAGCGAUUUGAUGGGGUUAGCGGAUUAUCACCUCUGUUGCACACCGAUCUGGACAAGGGUAUCUGUGGUAGUCAUGAAGACAUACGGAGACGAAGGAACACAUUUGGAUCCAACGAAUAUCCUUUGAAGAAAGAAAGGAACUUUUGGAUGUUUCUGUGGGAAGCAAGCAGAAGUUUUACUUUGAUCGUGUUGGUUCUUGCUGCACUGGCUUCUCUGCUGCUGCAAAUAAAAACUAAGACUAUCAGUCAUGGAUGGUAUGACGAAGCUGGCAUCAUUGUUGCAGUUAUCCUUGUCAUCUUUGUGACAGCUAUCAGUAAUUACAACCAGUCUCUUCAGUUUGAAAAGUUGAAUGAUGAGAAGAGAAAUAUAUGUAUCGAGGUUACUAGAAAUGGAAGACUGGUCGAAGUUCCGAUUUAUGAUGUAGUUGUUGGCGAUAUUAUACCUCUUAAAAGUGGUGACCAGGUGCCUGCAGAUGGUGUCUUAGUUUCUGGGUACUCACUUCAGAUAGCCGAAUAUGAAAGCAUGGGAACUAACAGAACGGUUCACAAAGAUACAGAUAUAGACCCAAUUCUAAUAUCCGGAUCUAAAGUGGAAGAUGGCAUCGGUAGAAUGCUGGUUACUAGUGUCGGGAUGAACACCCAAUGGAGGAUGCCAGCUUGUAUCCCACUAUAUACUGGUCAAGAGACACCCUUGCAGGUGGGCCUGAACCGAGUUGUUACUGCGUUUGGCCUAAUCAGUAUCUCGGUUGCUUUGGUUGUUUUUCUUAUCGAGUCAUGCCUAUGCUUCAUGGGCCGAACCAAAAAUACAGAUGGUAGUCCGAUGUUUGAUGCUGGGAAAACUACGUCAGAUGAAAAAAUAGACAUGGUGAUUAAGUUUAUAAUUUUGGGGGUUACCAUUGUAGUCGUGGCCGUGCCUGAAGGUCUUCCGUUAGCUGUUACUUUGAACAUUGCCUAUAUGACGAGAAAACUUCUAGGAGAGAAGGUUUUGGUGCAAAAGCUCUCUGCCUGUGAAGCGAUGGGGUCUGCAACAAUGAUUGUAUGCCACAAGACCGGGAUUUUAACCUUAAAUCAGAUGGAGGUUGUUGAUGUUUGUGCCGGACGAGUAAGAACGCAUAAUUUGGAUACUAUAGCAGCAGAGUUGUCUCCCCUUCUAAUCUCGUGGAUCACCGAAGGAAUUGCCCUGAACACGAAUGGGAGUGUAUAUCAUCCUGAGGGACAGUCUGAACCAGAGGUCUUUGGAUCAGCAACAGAACGUGCCAUUCUUAAUUUCGGUGUCAAGUUAGGAAUGAAUUUUGACGAAAUAAAGUCAAAAUCAACAAUUUUUAGCGUUUCACCUUUCAAUUCAAGGAGAAAACGUAGAGGUGUUGCAGUCCAAUUGCUAAUACACCUUCAGCAUGAUUCUCAAGUCCGUGUUCAUUGGAAAGGCGCUGCCAAGACUAUUCUAGCUUCUUGCCAGUGGUACAUGGACAAGGACAACAUAGCAGCUAUGGACCAAGAAAGAAUAUUUCAUUUUGAAAAAAUCAUUGAUGAAAUGUCCAAAGAAGGAUUGCGCUGUGCUGCCCUUGCCUACCGAACUUUUACUGACGAAGCAUUCCCAGACAUACCUGAAAGCAACCUCGUGCUAUUGGCUAUCAUUGGUAUAAAGGAUUCUUGUCGGCCAGGCAUAAGUCAGGCAAUCCAACAAUGUCGUAAUGCUGGAGUAAAGGUGUGCAUGGUGACAGGCGACGACCUUCUGACUGCCAAAGCAAUAGCGAUGCAGUGCGGGAUACUGAGAGGAACCUUAGACGAGCCUGCGAAUACAGCAAUCUUAGCAAGCGAAUUUGCUUCGAUGUCAGAAGCAGACAGAGAAGAAAUUGCUGAAAAUAUUGUAGUGAUGGGUCGAUCUUCUCCUGAUGAAAACCUUCUUCUACUUGAAGCACUGAGAAAGAAGGGACACGUGGUUGCAGCAACUGGAAAGGGAAUCCGAGAUGCUCCGAGCCUGCGCCAGGCGAAUAUCAGUCUUGCAAUGGGCAUUGGGGGGACUGCAAUUGUUAAAGAAUGCUCUGAUAUCAUUAUAUUGGAGGACAAUUUUACUUCGAUUGUCAAGGUCAUCCAAUGGGGACGUUUUUUAUACACAAAUGCUCAAAGAUUUCUCCAGUUCCGGCUAACUGUCAACGCAUCAGCUCUAAUUAUAUGUGUUGUUGUGGCGGUCCAUUCUCACGAAAUUCCCCUAAAUGUUGCGCAGCUUCUGUGGAUUAAUCUUCUCAAUGAUACUUUUGGAGCAUGGGCCUUGGCAUCAGAACCACCAAUGGACAACUUAAUGCGAAGGCCUCCGGUUCGUAAAGGCGGAGCCAAGAGGAUAACUUGGUUUUGCUCCUACUUAUGUGAAUUUCUGAAGUGGAUGGAGAGAAAGAAGUCCAAGAAAUUCCCUAUAAGUAGGAGCAGAACCAAAGAACCCUUUAUAACCAACCUCAUGUGGGCGAAGUUUGUUGCACAGGUUUCUUUCCAAGUGAGUGCAUUGCUUUACCUAAACUUUCAUGGAGAGAGUAUACUAAAACUGGAGAACAAAAGUCUAGAUCAAGCUAACAAAGUCAAGAACACAGUUAUAUUCAAUUGCUUUGUCUUCUGCCAAGUAUUUAACGAGGUUGAAUGUCGAACUUCAUACCAAGGAAAUACAUUCAGCGGGAUCCUAAAGAACCAUUUGUUCCUUGGAACAAUUCUUGUAAAUGUUAUACUUCAGAUAAUCGUGAUAGAAUGCCUUGGCAUAUUCUUUUACACAGCCAGGCUUAAUUUGAAGCAGUGGCUGAUCUCGAUUGGAAUCGGUUUUUUCAGUCAAGUCAUUGGUCGUUUUCCUUUCCCAGCAUUUCCUUACCUCCGGAACGAAGAUCAUAUAUAAGACAUAAAAGGCUGAUAAAGAGCUGGACAUGCUGUUAUCAAAAGAGAUUGAAGGAGAAUAACUCGGAAGCUGACGUGGACAAGAGUGAAGAAUAAGAAGCUUAACGGUUCUACGUGGGAAGUCGUUAGGGACGUUAGAAGUUAGUUUGGUUCGAGUUGUAAUUCAAGCUAUAAAUAAUGGCCUUAGAGUUUAUAGAUCUUCGGCUUUGUAUUGUGAAAUUUGGGUCUUUGGUUUGUAAACAUUAAGAAGUGUUAUACGUAUUGAAUACAUUGUGCUA